UUAGCAGAUGCUCUUAAUGUAUAUUUUUUGCAUAUUGUUAUGUUUCCUGCUGUUCUAGGUGGGUACAUUCAGAGUUGUCCAGAGUUUAACCAGCAUUAUGAUAAAUUUACAUGAUUUAUGAAGUAUUUACAUGAUUUGUGAUAUAUUUAUAUUCUACAGCAGCCAUUAACAUUACAAACAUACACACUAUGAACAUCUAUAUUUCUGGAAUUUCUGAAAGUUGGACAAAUUCUCUGGAGAUGACAUUUGCUCUCCACUACAUCAUCAGUUUUAAUUGUAAGCACACCACACAGAGGAUCAACUGAAAAUGAUAUCGCCACACCAAAAUGUUGAAAAUCUCACAAAUCAGCAUUUUUCAGUUUGACUGAUAUUUUCAUUGUUCUGCGCACUGACGAUGUUUUGCAUAUUUUCCGUUAUUACUGGAAUCUCUAACCAGAAUAAUCAUCUGUAUUCGUGAUUGGGUGGUUUCUUUUACUGGCACUGAGACACAUGCAUGCCUUUGUGGCGUAUGCAUUAUAGCUCGAUCUCUUUCCAAAACGAUGGGUUAUAUAAAAGUCUGCCACAUUAUUCUGCAGGGCCAUUUCAUCCAGUCAUUAUGAGUCUAGCUCUGCUGACAGGUCUCUGUCUUUGUCUGCCUACAUGGAAUGCCCUGACGGUAUUCCAGACGUACCGGGCGGUGAGCCAGGAUGGAGAGGUGCAGUUCUGCUGCUCCUACAACCACAUUGGAAGACAUGUCCCAGAGGAGCUACGGGUCACCCUGUACCGUGGCCUGUUUGGAGAAGAGGAGGAGCAGGAGGUGUGCACCUCCUCCUUUAGCCACAACCAGACACUCUUCCAGACGAAGGGAGAGAGAGGGGGAGUGGGGGCUGGGGACAGAGAGACCCCAGUGCUCUGCAGAGGCCAGGUAGAGGCAGGGAUGGUGAACCUGACUAUUUCUGGUCUCCGGGGCAACGACACUGACCUUUACCGCUGUGCCAUAGAGGUCAUGUACCCCCCACCAUACCUCAGAGUGUUCGGGAAUGGCACCCUUCUCUACAUACCAGAGGAGCCAGACUGCCCUGCCCUGGAGCCCAAGAGGAGAGAUGAUUCUGGAAGUCUAUGGACCAGACCUCCUCUAGUCAGUGUGGCCUGGGUGUCUCUGCUGCUGAUGGUCGUUUCCAAUGUGGCCUUUGUCCUGUACCAGGUUUUACAGAGGAAGAAAAGGUUUGGAGGAAUAGCACCAAUGAUAUCACAAAAUGAUGGAAGAUUUGGUUAUGGUAACUUCCAAUGAGGAUUUGGUUUUGGUAACUUCCAAUGAGGAUUUUUCAGUCCUUUCAUAUAUUUUUACUCACCAUUUUAUCUUUUUUGUUCUUGGUUUGAAUUUUUUCUAACUUUGAAAGUUGCAUGAAAUGUACAGACAAGUGUUCAGCCACAUUUUAGGAAGAGAUUAAGAAAGUUGUCAAUCAUUUGUCAACUUUAAACUGAUAAUUUCUGUCUUAGUUGGAGGAUUUUCACAAAUCCUGUUUUAAAGGGGAAGAACAGCAAAUGUUUUCUUUGUUUGUUGAAAACAACAAAUAUACAAUUAUAAAUAAGCGUUUUUUCACAGUGAAAAAAUAUUUGUAAAAAAAAUAUUUGUAUAUAUACGUAUAAUCAGUCGAGGCCAGUGAUUACUUGGGGUCUGGUAUUAUGAUGUGUGGAGCGUAAAUGAAAGUUUUGAGGGCAAAAUAAAUUAUUUUGUUCAGAUGGUAGGUUAUAAAAACAAAACAUGGAAUUAUUUGAUUUGGAAAUAUUUUUUCUUAUCUAAAAGGCCAGUGAAACAGCUGCCUCAUUAAUUAAAUUAUAAAUAAAAAUGUAUAUUCUCCACAAUUUUAUUAUUUACUAUUCAUGAUUAUGGAGCUGCUUCAUCACGGCAACUGUCAGUGGACUGGAGACAAGACUCCUUGGAAAAACACAGACACUCUUCUUCUUCUUGUCAUGAUCCCCCAAACAGGAAGUGGUUGAGCGUUGGUUAAGUUCACAGGCAAGAUUUCAACCCUGUUCUCAAAAAUAUGUAGCCAAUGACAAGGCAGCAUUUUUAACCCUGAUCCAUUUCAAGGCCACGGUAUAUUUCUCUUUAGAGCUUGAGUUGUGAGUCAUGCAAUGGCCUGGCAGUGAUUUAAACUUCAGAGAUAUAAUUUAAAUAUAUAUCUCUGCUAUUGUGUUUAGGUUUCUUCAAUCAUGUAUUGUUCCACACAUGUGGAUUUGAUAGUACAAGCCAGUACAGACAAGCCCUGUUGUCUGGCAGAUCUGACAGAAGGAGAGGCUGGAACUGUGACGACUGCGCCCAAAUGGAUAACACGAUUGGACAAUUUCACGUGUUCACUGUGACUGCAGUGAGAAGGGAGCAUGUUGCCAGAGUUGUGUGUGGCGCUGCAGUGAGAGGGGAGCAUGUUGCCAGAGUUGUGCCUGGCGCUGAAGUGAGAGGGGAGCAUGUUGCCAGAGUUGUGCCUGGCGCUGCAGUGAGAGGGGAGGAUGUUGCCAGAGUUGAGCGUGGCGCUGCAGUGAGAGGGGAGCAUGUUGCCAGAGUUGUGUGUGGCGCUGCAGUGAGAGGGGAGGAUGUUGCCAGAGUUGUGCAUGGCGCUGCAGUGAGAAGGGAGCAUGUUCCCAGAGUUGUGCAUGGCGCUGCAGUGAGAGGGGAGCAUGUUGCCAGAGUUGUGUGUGGCGCUGCAGUGAGAGGGGAGCAUGUUGCCAGAGUUGUGCGUGGCACUGCAGUGAGAGGGGAGCAUGUUGCCAGAGUUGUGCGUGGCACUGCAGUGAGAGGGGAGGAGUGUUGACGUAGCCUGUGACGUAGCAUGUGACGUAGCCUGUGACGUAGCAUGUGAUGUAGCAUGUGACGUAGCCUGUGACGUAGCAUGUGACGUAGCCUGUGACAUAGCAUGUGACGUAGCCUGUGACGUAGCAUGUGACGUAGCCUGUGACGUAGCAUGUGACGUAGCCUGUGACGUAGCAUGUGAUGUAGCAUGUGACGUAGCCUGUGACGUAGCAUGUGACGUAGCCUGUGACGUAGCAUGUGCUGCUCUCCAGCCAUCUCUCUGUAGGUGAGAGAGGGGCACACGUUGACAGAAACUCAAACACUAAAUCAGGGAGGUUUAGACAAAGACAGUCAACACAUGUUCUGUUGUUCCCCUGUGAUUGGUCUGUAGAAAAUUGAGUCCACAACGCAUCUGCGAAAAAUUCCACUAUCCUUUUGAGGACUAAAAUGUGUAGUAUUUUGAAAAGUGUCUCAUUUUAAAAAAAUUCAAAAUUUUCUCUUUCAUUUUGUACAUUAUCACCCCAUGAAUGAAAUGUUUAGAACAGCAGAUGUUUACAUUAAACUACUGUAUAAUAUUUAUAUAUACAUAUAUAUAUAUGUGUUUAAUUAAC